AUGGAUGGAUGGGUUAUUCCAUCCAGCCCAGCUCUUGAUAUCCGUGUAUCACCGGCGACUACCAACUCCACGCCUCCCUUUCACACGAGCGGUCGGUAUAUCGUUGAUUCCAAAGGGGAUCCGAUCAAGCUCGCAAGCAUCAACUGGUAUGGUGCGAGUGAUAUCGAUUUCCUUCCAUCGGGACUAGAUAUUCAACACCGAGAUGAGAUCGCCCAGUUGAUUCGACGCCUCGGUUUCAACAGUGUGCGACUGCCAUAUGCUGAUGAGAUUGUUGUCAGAAACCCCAUGGUAAAUGUAUCCCUGAUCGCUGCCAAUAUGGACUUGUUAGCUUCUUCCAGUGACAGUGGUAGCCGUCGCGCUCUCGAGGUAUACCACGCCGUAGUGGAAAGCCUGACAAGGGCCGAGCUAAUGGUCAUCGUGAAUAAUCACAUCACACAAGCAACAUGGUGCUGCGGUAUCAACCCUUGUGACAUUGUCUGGUACAACGACUGGCUGUUCGGUGGUCUCUUCUGUCAUAUCCGACAAACUGAAGAGCAAUGGAUUCGUAAUUGGGAGACCAUGAUGCGACCUCUAGCUACAAACCCACUGGUCGUCGGCGCAGAUCUGCGAAACGAGCCGCGAGGGCUUUGGGGGGCGCUCAACUGGGACGACUGGGCAACGGCUGCAGAGAGACUUUCGGAGCGAUUGUUGAGUAUCAACCCGAACUGGCUGAUGAUAGUAGAAGGGAUCUCGUCAGCAAAUGACCUGUCUGGGGUGCGGAGUCGACCGGUCACACUGACUCGGCCGAACAGAGUAGUCUACUCGGCUCAUGUGUACAAAUGGUCUGGCUGGGGCCAGUUGUAUCCCUUCUCCAAACGAUCAUAUCCUGAUUUUGCAGCGGCGAUGGAUUGGAAUUGGGCUUACCUCUUGACUGAAGAUAUUGCGCCUGUUUGGGUUGGGGAGUUCGGUACCCCUGGACAACCCUCGGGAGGAGAUCGCAAUUACUGGAGUCAUCUGAUGCGGUUUUUAGCAGAGUUGGAUGUCAGCUGGGGGUAUUGGGCGCUCAACGCGCGCAAACCGACCGGGGAAGUCGAGAGUUAUGGUUUGGUGGGUGAAGGAUGGGACUGGAAGUCAGUGCGGUGGGACGCACGGCUCGAGGACCUGCAAGGGCUUGGUCUCAAAGUUGGGCUUUGA